AUGGGUUCUUAUAAUAUGAUUUUGCUUGCUGGUUUGUUGGAAACCCUAAGGGAAGCCUCCAAAAUUUUUCUCCGGAAAGGGAAGCUAAUUCCUUUAAUCACCAUUCUCUCUCUUUUCCUCAGCUCCAUAAUUUUCUUGUCAAAUUUCUUGUCCCUCAAACCUUUGGUCUUCGACUUUGCCCUCAAGCUAACGGUCCUCCUUGUUACUAACCCCGCGCCUGGCAGCUCCGCUUUCACGAACGCCAUCUUUGCUUUGAAAGAAGGUCUCUCAACCAUCGUGGGCGUUGACUGGGCUUUCAUCAUCGCCAAUAGUCUCACCUCCUUGUUCUUUGCAACCGCAGUAAUCAUAGCAUCUGCUGCAAAAUACAAUGGAAAGGAGACGCUACAUGUCAAGGAUCUAUUAUUUACGGUAGGGCAAACUUGGAAACGGCCAUUUAUUACACUAUUUUACACGGCUCUUUUGGAUUUAGGUUAUGCCCUCUAUGCUUUUGCAUUUGUACUUCCUCUUGUCCUGAUCUCGGAUCGCGAAUUUAGCUUUUUUCUCUUUUUCACCAUUGUAUCCAUCAUCAUCUCGAUCUUCUAUCUACAUUUAUCUGUGGUGUGGACUUUAGCAAUCGUUGUUUCGGUACUCGAAGAAAAGAGCGGUAUUGAGGCACUUGGGAAAGCUGCGCAGCUCCUAAAGGGCUUGAAGUUAAGAGGGUUUUGUCUCAAACUUUUGUUUGGAACAUUAUACUAUGUUUUGUUAAAGCUUACAAUAUUGAGGAUGAUCAACAAGAUAUACUCAACGUCAAUUAGCAUUGUUACUGCGUUGGUUUUCUUGAACACUGCUGGCUUAAUUAAGAUGUAUUCUUUGACGGCAUACACGGUUUUCUACUACCAGUGCAAGAAGACGCAUGGAGAAGAAGAGAUUACUCAUGAAAUGCAGGGUAGCAAUGGAUAUUCCUUAAAAGCCUCACAUACACCACUCAUCCCUGCUGAUAUACCAUGA